GUCUUCAUCGUCGUCCCUCGCCGGUGAUUGUCUCUCGCAGGGCCGGUGAUUGUCUCUCGCAACAUCAUCACCUUCUAGGUAGAAUAAAAUGGCACUUAUGGUUUUGGAUAAGCAAGCAGAUGGGGGAGCAGAAUGCAGUCAAGACGAAGGUCACCAGCUUGUCCAGAAAGCUGUGUAUGAUUUGUAUCAAGAUAAUAUCAUCAACACCCAAGAGUAUGCUAUAGCUUGUUUGACUCCUGGACCUGUUGAGCUUGUGUAUGAGCAGGAACAAGUGACGAAUAAUGUGGUUGAGCAAGAGGCUUCUGCACUGCUCCCAAAGAAGGAGUUAGCAGCAGAAAAUGCUAACAAGAGGGUGAAGAAAAAAUCAGAUGGGGGAGCAGAAUGCAGUCAAGACGAAGGUCAGCCGCUUGUCCGGAAACAAGAUGUGUUGAACUUGUGUGCUGAAAGGUUGCUUCUUGCAGACGAUGGCCGAAGUCAAUAUUGGUGAUGGCAAAGAUGUAAUCGUCACAUGUCACUAGAAUUUUUUAUUCUAAAAUUUUGAAGGAUGUAAUGUUUGGUAUAUAAAGUUUGGGUGUAAUA